AUGGCUAUUACUCACGUAGCUUUAACCUUACCUAACGCUCGCCCUGAAAAAAGACCUCCGCAGGGUCUGAAAUUGGCCUACUUCAAGACUCAUAUUGGACAAUUUAUCGAUUCAACGUUAUGUAAGAACAAAGAAUACUUGAGUCUUACGAGGGAGAAAUAUAUCAUGACCUCUCAGUACAAGACUUCGUUCUACACCUUCCAGUUUCCAAUUCUAUGUGGACUUGCUUUGACCGGCAAUUAUAGUGAUAAUGCGUACAAGCUCGUCGAAUCUAUUGGCUCUGACGUCGGAUUACUGUUUCAAAUGAAGCUAUCUGAAUAUCAUACUCAUGCCAGGGAUACGAUACAGGGUAAACUAACAUUCCUUGCGUUCGACGCGCUUGCGGAACAAAAAGAUUUGACUGAGGAAAAAUUACAUCAAGUGCAAGUUUUAGCCUGGGCUGUUGAAUUGGUACAAUCAUAUUUCAUUAUAGGCGAUGACAUGGAAGACAAUUGUCAGACUCGUUGCGGCAAACCGACGUGGCAUUCAUUGCCAAAUGUUGGUCUGUUAGCAAUAAACGACGCCAGCAUGCUGCGUAGUUUUAUUUACGAAAUGUUGAAAAACAACUUUGAUCAGAACACAUCAACGAAGAUGGAAAAUUGUAUCAACGAGGCGUUCUUCACUAUAAAUAUCGGUCAAUACAUGGAUAUUAUGAUGUCAAAAUCAAGGGAUUUAGACAAAUUUACAGUGGAACAAUAUAACUUUUUAAACGACUACAAGUCAUCAUUUUACACCGUUAAAUUACCGAUACUCUUGGCAUUGGAACUUUGCAACAAAAGUAGCGAAGACUCGUACUCGAACGUUGAUAAAAUUGGUAUGGAUUUAGGUAUCCUUUUACAAAUGCAGAAUGAUGUAAUGGAUUACAUUGACCGAGACUCAGCAUCAGUUAAAACCAGCUCUGAUAUACAGAAGAAUAAAUGUUCUUGGCCCGCGGUGACGGCUUUAAAACAUUUAAAUGGAAACCAACGAAAGGAAUUCAUUAAUUGCUAUGGACGUUGGGAAAGUGAGAAAGUUGAACGUGUAAGGCAAUUUUAUAAAGAAAUAAACUUACCUCAUCUUUAUCAUCUAGAAGAACAGAAGAUGAGCCAAGCAGUGUUACAGAAGAUAAAAGAAUUACCUGUUGAUGCGACACCCUCUGCCAAUUUCUUUUAUAAAAUCUUUGAUUUUGUACGUCAAUAUACUGAAGACAUAUCGCCAUCGAAAAUAAAAUCGACUGUUGUAAUGAACGCUGCUUAA